AUGGAAAUUAAUUCACCCGAGUCGAAGAAGGGCAAUACGGAAACGAAGAAUUCGAAGAAGCGAAGCAUCGAAAAAAUCAUCUCCCCAACUAAAAUCGCUAAAACGGAUGUUGAUGCGUCCGAAGUUAAUGAGGCAGAUGAUAUAGGUAAAUCCCAAGUCGAGUUAGGCGAAAAUGAAAGUUCCCCUCCAGUAGAGGAAGAACCAAGUGAGUGCUUAUCAAAUGAGUUCUACGGUGAUGAACAUGUAAUGGUGGGACAAGGACAGGCGGAAGAGGACGUUGGAGUAGAAGGUAACAUUCUAGCGGAAGCUGCCUGUAUGGUGGAUUCCCAAAAGUGCAGCGUCAAAAAGAAGGAGAAAAAAAAAAGUGCUAGAAAUAACUUCGCUGAGGAGACCAAAAAAACGAUUCAGAAGGAGAGGAAGAAAGUAGAAAAGGGGAAUAAAAAAAAGAAGAAACAUAUAGAGAAGGGAAAAAAUGACGAACUGAGGGAGUUUGUCGUGAAAUUGGCAGAAGGGGAUUCAGAGGAGGAGGAAGACCACAACGAUGAAAAGAACCAGGAGGAGGAAGAAAACGAUGAUGAGAAUGAGGGAGAAGACGACGCUGAAGAAGACGAUUAUGAAGACGAUGAUGAUGAUAAUGAUGAGGAGGAGGAAGAAGAGUCGAAAGAAGAACUGCUAGACGAUGUGUCAGACGAACCAUCGGACGAAGUUUCCGAUGAGGAGGCGAAUGAACCAGAAGAAGAGACAGACGAAGAGGGAAAAGAUAAGGAGGAGGAAUCGCCAAAAGGGGCAAGCAUUGAAAGGGCCAAAGAAGGAGACGAGGGGGACAACGCAAGUGGUGGUGACGAGGACGACGUGGAUGGGGAAGCAAGACAUGACGACCUUAAAGACAGCGAUAAGGAAAACGAGAACGAUGAAGAUGAUCAAACGGAUGAGGAGGAGGAGGAAGAAGAAGAAGUGGACGGGAAGGAAGUGGCCACAAACGAAAAGGAGGAUGAAGAAGAGGAAGGUGAAAAGGAAGAGGAGGACCAAACGAGCAAGGAGAAUUUUGAUGAGGAGGAUGCAACUCCGAGGAAGGGCAGCGACGAUGAAAAGGACCUAACGGAGAACGAGACGAACAAGAGUAGCUUGAACAAAAAUCAGAAGAGCGACAACGAAAGUGCGGCCAGCGAAAGCAGCGAUAUUAAGAAGAACGACCGUUUGUUUGCAUCCAUGAAUGACUACAACUCGCCCAACAAGCUGUUCAGCGAGCACGUGGGGAAGUUGAACAUUUUUGGAAACGUAAACAUCGACAUAGAGAAAUUGCGGCAGCGACUGAACAAAAAUAAAAACGUCACGGAGGAGAAGAAGGAAGUGAAGAUUUCGGAGGCAGAGGAUCCCUUCGAGAAUGAGGAGGUAGUCUACUCCGAAAGCAACAUCAAGAUAAGCAAGUUCAUAAAGAAGAGUGAAAAAUAUGACUGGUCAGGUUACUUGCCUGUGAAAAUUCAGAUCAUGAAAAAUGUAGAAAAUAAAAAAUAUCGAAUUCUUUGCUUCCAAAAAGGGAGUGGGAGACUCUUUUUAAAUACAGACAUUUUUGAAGGUUUUAAGAUAAUUCCCUCCAAAAGUACCUCUGCUUUGUUUAGUGGGCGGGACUUAUGCGAUGAGAAGAAGCUGAACCAGUACAUUGUGACCUUCAUGAGCAGCACCUCUAGGGAUGAAUUCGUCAAGCAUAUAAAAAAAAUCACGAACGGGUGA